AUGCCAACAGUCCUCCUAACCGGCUCCUCAGGCUUCAUAGGCUUCGCAACCCUCACCCGCCUCCUCACCUCAAACUACAACGUAAAAGCCAUUCUGCGCACCUCUUCUCAAAUCCCCAAGAUCCAGCGCGGCUUGGCUCGCUCUCUUCCCCUUUCCAAUCUCAACUCGAACCGUGAAAUGAAUGAAGAAUUGGCGAAAAACGUCGAAUUCAUAAUCAUCCCCGAUCUAAGCGCAGAAGGCGCUUUUGAUGGUGUAUUAGAAGACGUGGAAUAUAUAGCACAUGUCGCUAGUCCGAUGGGUAUGGAUGUGAGCGACGACUACGAACGCGAUACUAUCCAGCCCGCCGUGAAAAUGUCAACCAACAUCCUAUCCGCCGCCUCAAAAAUCCCAAGUAUAAAACGCAUCGUCCUUAUCUCUUCAAUCGGCGCAUUGCUAGACGUCGAUAAAUUCGCAACCGGAACUCUAAAAAACGAACCAUUCACCGCAAGCGACCCCAUCCCCCUCUACCCUCCCCACAGACCCUACGCCCACCCCCUCCUCGCCUACGGCGCCUCCAAAUCCCUCGCCCUCUCCGCCGCCGAAUCAUACAUCAACCACCACGCACCGACCUACUCCCUAAUCUCCCUCCUCCCCUCCCUCGUCCUCGGACCCAACUACCUCGCUGAAUCCCGCAACGACGUGCUGGCGACCACGGUGCGGACGCUGAUUCGGUAUGUGACCGGGGAAAAGGCGACCAUGCGGACGCUGCCGCAGACGGUGGAUGUGGGUGAGUUGGCGGGGGUGGUUGGGCGGUGUUUUGGGGGAGGGGAUAAGGUUAAAGAGGGGAGGUAUUUGGUUGCGGCGGGGGAGCGGGAGUGGAGUGUUGCUAAGGGAGUGGUGAGGGCGAAGUUUGGGGGGGAGUUGGAGAGGGGGGUGGUUUAG